AUGAAGCUCAACAUCUCCUACCCCAACAAUGGAACCCAGAAGUUGAUCGAGGUCGACGAUGAGCGCAAGCUCCGCGUCUUCAUGGACCGCCGCAUGGGUCAAGAAGUCCCUGCCGACAGCAUUGGCGACGAGUUCAAGGGCUACAUCGUCAGGAUCACCGGCGGUAACGACAAGCAAGGUUUCCCGAUGAAGCAGGGUGUCAUGCACCCAACUCGUGUCCGCCUCCUCCUCGCUGAUGGCCACUCCUGCUACCGCCCCCGCCGCACUGGUGAGCGCAAGAGGAAGUCCGUCCGUGGAUGCAUUGUCGGCAUGGACCUCUCUGUCCUUGCUCUCAGCAUCGUCAAGAAGGGUGACGAGGACAUUCCCGGCCUGACCGACAUUGUCCACCCCAAGCGCCUCGGUCCCAAGCGUGCCACCAAGAUCCGCCGCUUCUUCGGUCUCAGCAAGGAAGAUGAUGUCCGCAAGUUCGUCAUCCGCCGUGAGGUCCAGCCCAAGAAGGAGGGCGCCAAGCCCUACACCAAGGCCCCCAAGAUCCAGCGUCUUGUUACUCCUCAGCGUCUCCAGCACAAGCGUCACAGGCUGGCACUCAAGCGCCGUCGCGCGGAGGCUUCCAAGGAUGCUGCCAACGAGUACGCUCAGAUCCUUUCCAAGCGCAUCAACGACGCCAAGGCCGCACACGACGAGGCCCGCAAGAGGAGGGCGUCUUCCAUGAAGCACUAG